GCACAAAAAGAAAGAAAAAGCUGCAAAUCAGAAAAAUUUAUUAAGAAUGAUGCAUCAGAAAAUGAAGAGAACAAUGAAAUUGACAAAAAUAAUGAAAAAGAGGAAAAAAUUCAGAAACUAAAUAGUUUUCAAUCGAUGCCUUCUACCUCCUUCUCAGAUGGUAUUACUGAUAACUUAAAACCUACAUCCAAAGAGAAUAUUCAGAAAAGGUUAAGGAAUGAGGAGUACCAAGAGCAACCUUCAGCUAAGAAGGCAAAGGUUGAUGAUGACCAUGAGAUUGGAGCUUUGAAUGCUUCAGACCAAGAGGAAAUACAAAUCACAAUCGAUCAACAUAUUCCAACAUCUGAUAAUCAUAGCUUAGAAUUAAUAUUUGAAGAUUUAGAAAUAGAUUCAAAGACAAUCACAUUUUUUGAAAGAUUAACUGAAUGGAUGAGGAAUAAGGCGAAUCAACCAAUCAUCAAAAAAAUAAAUGAAAAGGAACGUCCAGUUGACGAUACCCAGUCAAAGACACAACUUAAAAAAGGAUUGCCGGUAUAUGUCUCAACAUCUAAAUUGAUAAUUAUGCAACGCUUGAGAAACAAACCAAAUGAUUUGGCACGAGCUCUUCUAAUAGAGUUGGUUGGCGACGAAAAUUUAAAAGAAAUGUGUGCAAAGGGAAGAAGAAAGAGAGGAAGGCCGGCAGUUCCUGCAGAUAUUAGAGAAGCUAUUCUUUAUUACGUACAACGGAAGAAAAGCAAAAACACGGAUGAUUUUAAAGAAAAACAUUUAACUAAGUUAAUAAACAAUACGUGUGGGACUUUGCGUCACCCUAGAUGUACUUCGGAGGAGGAAAAUGACAAGGCUUUAACUAUGCGCAAGAACAACAAGAACGGGAAAGAGAAAAAAGAUGAAAUGGAUGAAGAAGAAAAUGAUUUAGAAGAGAGUAAUUGCGAGGACAAGAACGGGGAAGAGAAAAAAGAUGAAAUGGAUGAAGAAGAAAAUGAUUUAGAAGAGAGUAAUUGCGAGGACAAGAACGAGGAAGAGAAAAAAGAUGAAAUGGAUGAAGAAGAAAAUGAUUUAGAAGAGAGUAAUUGCGAGGACAAAAACGGUGAAGAGAAAAAAGAUGAAAUGGAUGAAGAAGAAAAUGAUUUAGAAGAGAGUAAUUGCGAGGAUGUAACAGACGAAGAGGAGAAUGAUGAAAUAGAGGACAAUGAGGAAUAUUUUAGCGAAGAUGACAAGGGUGAAACGGAAAGUGAUGCAGAAGGAACAGAUUGAAAGAGAUUUUUAUUUUGCGUUUAAAUUUAAUUUCUUAUUUUGAAUAAUUCCGUUUAUUUAAAUAAUUCCGUUAAGGUUUUGCGUUCGAAUUUUGAAAUUUUUGAGAGAGCAAAGCCAUAUUUUAAAAAUAUCUCCUUCAUUUUGGCAUCCCGAGUCGAAAUUUAAGCCCUACUUUAAGCCUGAAUUUUCAGGGUUUGUUGACUUUUAGGAGUAGUAAAGGAGGUUCUAACUUCAAUGCAAUUAGGCCUUACUUUGAGUCCAAAAAUCAGCUGAAAUUUGCCAAUCUUCCAUUUGGAGAACUAAAGGAGGGCCUAAUUCGAAGAAACCUAUACCUUACUUUAUAAACCUCGUAGACCCUACUUUCAUACUCCUAGACCCUACAAUUAGAAAAAGAAAAACUUGAAGAUUUGCUCAGAUUCAAUUGAAGCACUUGGGAUGAGUAAAAGUGGAAUUUUAUGUGUUUCAUAGCGUCUAUAUACAGUUCGUAUAGACGCUAUAAAGCACAUCAGCAUUUGUCAAUUAGGAGUACUUUUUGCAUUUUCAGUGUUUCAAGCAAUGCAUUAAGAAAAUAAUUUAAAAUUAUACUUCAGAAUGUAGGGUCUAGGAGUAUGAAAGUAAGGUAUACGAAAUUCGAACUAGACCCUCCUUUAGUUCUCCAAAUGAAAGAUUGGCGAAUUUCAGGUUGGAUUUUGUAUUUUUAUUUUGCUGACUUCGGGACUCAAAGUAGGGCCUAAUUGCAUUGAAAUUAGAACCUCCUUUACUACUACUAAUAGUCAACAAACCCUGAAAAUUCAGGCUUAAAGUAGGUCUUAAAUUUCGACUCGGGAUGCCU